GGCGGAGCUUGGUUUUCUGGAAGCGCCGUGGAGCUGAACCAACGUCCGGGCGACAGUGAUUGGAAAAAAGACACAGACCAACGGCUGGGAAGUGUCGCCAAGCUGAGGAGAAAGAGCAGAAAGAGACGGAGAGUGCAGCUCCUGAAUUAUACACUGAGGACUUGAACCAGCCCGUCAGUUACACGACAGGAGGACCGUGUGUGUGUGGUGCAUCCCUGAAGAGAGUAACCCGGAGCUGUCCGGGAUGUGAAGAGCACCGUAACCCACCUGGAUCGGUGCUGUUACACCGUCCACCGGGUCUGUUCGGGCACUUCAUCCUCUGUGAGCUCAACAACAUUUAAAACCAGUGUAGCCAACGGGAGCAGCUACACCGGCGGAAUAGUUUAGCUACUGUAAUGUUUGUUUGACAACCACGUAACGUUACGGGUUGCCUGUUUGAGAUACCGGGAAGCUGUGGGAAAGGCGGGGCCGAACCAGUGGACUCUCAAACUGGAUUAUUGAGCUCUCCCUGUGCCGAUUCACCCACAGCGACGCAGCGGUUUUUUAUUUUUUUGGGGGGGGAGCGGGGGGGUCGACGAAGGAGGCAACAACUGGGAUUUUGAAACCUUUCUUUGUAACUCUUUUCCCGGCUACCCCGCUGCUGUUGCACACGAGGGGUGUUUGUCAGUUAUUUCUGUCAAACGGUCACCUGGUCGUGGCCUUCUUCUCCCCCAUUUAGGAGCAUAAUCAGGCUUUGGGACGCAUAUUUUGGGGAUAUUUUUCCCCCAGCCGGGGUCGGACUAUGGCGGACGACGACAUUCUCUUUGAAGAUGUGUACGAGCUCUGCGAGGUCAUUGGCAAGGGUCCCUUCAGUGUGGUGAGGAGAUGCAUCAACAGAGAGACGGGGCAGCAAUUUGCUGUCAAAAUCGUGGAUGUGGCCCAGUUCACCUCCAGCCCUGGACUCAGCACAGAGGAUCUGAAGAGGGAGGCCAGUAUCUGCCAUAUGCUGAAGCACCCCCACAUCGUGGAGCUGCUGGAGACGUACAGCUCAGAUGGGAUGCUCUACAUGGUUUUCGAGUUUAUGGAUGGAGCGGACCUCUGUUUUGAGAUUGUGAAGAGGGCAGAUGCUGGCUUUGUCUACAGCGAAGCAGUGGCCAGUCACUACAUGAGACAGAUCCUCGAGGCGCUACGCUAUUGCCACGACAACAAUGUCAUCCAUCGAGACGUCAAGCCUCACUGUGUGCUGCUGGCGUCCAAAGAGAACUCGGCUCCAGUGAAGUUAGGGGGGUUCGGAGUAGCCAUCCAGCUCGGAGAGUCAGGACUGGUGGCAGGAGGUCGGGUAGGAACUCCCCACUUCAUGGCCCCCGAAGUGGUGAAGAGAGAGCCGUACGGUAAGCCUGUGGACGUGUGGGGCUGUGGAGUCAUCCUCUUCAUCCUCCUCUCAGGAUGUCUGCCUUUCUACGGCACCAAAGAGCGUCUGUUUGAAGCCAUCUGCAAGGGCAAAUACAAGAUGAAUCCGCGUCAGUGGAGUCAAAUUUCAGAGAGUGCUAAGGAUCUGGUGAGACGCAUGCUGAUGCUGGACCCUGCUGAGAGGAUCACCGUGUACGAGGCACUUAACCACCCUUGGCUCAAGGAGAGAGACCGCUAUGCCUACAAAAUCCACCUGCCAGAGACUGUUGAACAGCUGAGAAAGUUCAACGCCAGGAGAAAGCUCAAGGGGGCUGUGCUGGCUGCAGUGUCCAGUCACAAGUUUAACUCCUUCUAUGGAGACCCCCCUGAGGAACUCCAUGACUUCUCUGAUGACCCCACCUCCUCAGGACUACUAGCAGCAGAACGGGCGGUGUCUCAGGUGUUGGACAGUUUAGAAGAGAUCCAUGCUUUGACAGACUGCAGUGAAAAGGAUCUAGAUUUCCUCCACAGUGUUUUCCAGGACCAACAUCUACACACACUACUCGAUCUCUACGAUAAGAUCAACACCAAGUCAUCCCCACAGAUCAGAAAUCCCCCCAGUGAUGCUGUGCAGAGAGCCAAAGAGAGUUCCUCCCAGGAUGAAGCAAGUGGCGCUUUGAAACAUCUGGAAUAUGUACUGGAAGAGAUCUCCUGCUACCCAGAGAACCACGAAGCUAAAGAACUCAGACGGAUACUGACCCAGCCGCAUUUCAUGGCCUUGUUGCAGGCCCACGACGUGGUGGCCCACGAAGUUUACAGCGACGAGGCUCUGAGGGUGACACCUCCACCCACCUCGCCCUACCUGAACGGGGACUCCCCUGAGAGCACCAACGGAGAUAUGGACCUGGAGAACGUCACCAGAGUCCGCCUGGUCCAGUUCCAGAAGAACACAGACGAGCCCAUGGGUAUCACGCUGAAGAUGAAUGACUCAAACCACUGCAUCGUGGCAAGGAUAAUGCACGGGGGAAUGAUACAUAGACAAGGAACGUUGCAUGUAGGAGAUGAGAUUAGAGAGAUCAACGGCAUCAGUGUGGCCAACCAGACUGUUGAGCAGCUGCAGAAGAUGCUGAGGGAGAUGCGAGGCAGCAUCACCUUUAAAAUAGUGCCAAGUUAUCGGACACAGGGCUCCUCGUGUGAGAAAGAGUCCCCCAACACCUCCAGGCAGUCCCCUGCCAAUGGCCACUCCAGCAUUAACAGUUCUAUCUUGGACCUGCCAUCCACCAUUCAGCCCAAAGGUCGACAGAUUGUAUCCAGACCUCCAAUCAAGGACAUAAUGUCUGUUAAGAUCUACGUGAGGGCUCAGUUUGAAUACGACCCCUCCAAAGACGAGCUUAUUCCCUGCAAGGAGGCUGGCAUUCGCUUCCGCGUGGGCGACAUCAUCCAGAUCAUCUCCAAGGAUGACCACAACUGGUGGCAGGGCAAGCUGGAGAACACAAAAAAUGGCACAGCAGGCCUCAUCCCGUCGCCAGAGCUGCAGGAGUGGCGUGUGGCGUGUAUAGCCAUGGAGAAGACCAAGCAGGAGCAACAGGCCAGCUGUACCUGGUUUGGCAAGAAGAAAAAGCAGUACAAAGACAAGUAUUUGGCAAAGCACAAUGCAGUGUUUGACCAACUAGAUCUUGUCACAUAUGAAGAGGUUGUGAAGCUUCCUGCUUUCAAGAGGAAAACACUAGUUUUGUUAGGUGCUCAUGGAGUGGGCAGAAGACACAUCAAGAACACACUCAUAACCAAACACCCCGACAGAUUUGCCUACCCCAUCCCACACACAACCAGACCUCCAAAGAAGGAUGAGGAGAACGGGAAGAACUACUACUUUGUUUCCCAUGACCAGAUGAUGCAGGACAUCAGCAACAAUGAGUACCUGGAGUACGGCAGCCAUGAGGACGCCAUGUACGGGACACGACUGGAGACCAUUCGGAAGAUCCACCAACAGGGACUUAUAGCUAUACUUGAUGUGGAACCUCAGGCCCUGAAGGUCCUGCGGACAGCAGAGUUCGCACCAUACGUCGUCUUUAUUGCUGCACCAACGAUCACACCAGGCAUCAAUGAGGACGAGUCUCUCCAGCGGCUGCAGAAGGAGUCCGAGAUCCUGCAGAAGACCUACGCCCACUACUUUGACCAGACCAUCAUCAACAAUGAGAUCGAUGAGACCAUCAGGCACCUGGAGGAGGCCAUUGAUCUGGUGUGCACCACCAGCCAGUGGGUGCCUGUGUCCUGGGUCUACUGACCUGCAGCCCUGAACUACACCUCCUCCUUCCUUCUUUUCUCCUCCGCCUCCAUUACUCUCUCUCUCUCUCUCUCUUUCUCUGCUCUUCCUUCUCCCUUCCCAGCAACAACAUGUCGGCCAAACUCCCAUCAUUCCCUCUUCAAAAUAAUAAAGAAACAAAAAAACAAUUAACAAAAAACAAUGGGAAACCUCUCUCUACACUGCACUUGAUCGAAAACACCCUCAGCGUACUGUGAAAGCGACCACAGCAUUCAACCGAAAUCCUCUUGAACACUGCACAAACACCUGCAGCGGCCAUUCGGACUCUUGCCCUUACAGACAACCUAGUCAUAGUGUUGUAUAAAAACAGAGUAAAAAUGAAUAUUGUCAUGUCUGUACUAGCUAGGAGGCAACAUUUUUGUAGAUGUUUGUUUUAAAGAGACAGUACUGUGUCCCGUCCUCCCAUGUUGGUGCACUGCUAGCUUCCCACGUCUCCGCCACCAUCCCUCCAUUGCAUCGUAGUCCUGUUGGGUGUUGUACUAAACCAUCUCUAGACGGACACUGACUGUAGGUGUUCUGUCUAUCAGCAGACUGAAGUAAAAGCACACAAACACACUGCUGUCUUCCCAUCUAUAGAUCACGUCACCGGUCCUCAUUAUUUAUUCAUUCCUGUUCUUUUAAAAGCCGUAACGCUGGUUUACAUCCUCUCACGACUCUAUCCUGUUGUUAAUCCCGGUACAGUAACAGUAUCACCAUGCACACACAUGCACCUUUCUACCUACCAGGUACUGUCUCUUCUAAAUAAAUCCAUAAGUGUUUUAGAGAUUUGAAUGAGGUAAAUCAUGCAUGUGGACAUUUUGCAAGCUUCCAUGCUGUCAGUCAGUCAGUGUUCCUUGUGUCCCUCUGUAAACCUCCGAGAAAGAAAAGAAUAAAACAAAAACAUGUUAAAAAAACAAAACAAAAAAACAUUCCAGCUGUUUGGAAGAACUCAGCCAAGGGAAGCAAGAGGGGCCAAGAAAAAAAAAAAAAACAGCGACGGAGCCAGAUGUUGACUUGACACCUAUGCACAUCCCUUGCAUUUCAGGUGACAUUUCUAAACCACAGAUUUAUAAAAGAUCAACCAUGUAGUGAGAUGUGUUUGUAAAAAAAAAAAUCAAAUAAAAGUCUUGAUUUUUC